AUGGGCGCCGCCGUCUUCUUCGGCCUGGCCGGGAUCGCCUUCGGGCCGGCUUUGGCUCUCGUCUUGCUUACGGUGGCGGCGGAACCGCUGCGAGUCAUCGUGCUGGUGGCGGGGGCAUUCUUCUGGCUGGUGUCACUGCUCCUGGCCUCUCUCAUCUGGUUCAUUUCAGUCCAUCUCAGUGACAGGGAGGAUGCCAGGCUGCAGUAUGGUCUCCUCAUCUUCGGGGCUGCUGUCUCCGUCCUGCUGCAGGAGGCUUUCAGAUUUGCCUACUUCAAGCUGCUGAAGAAGGCAGACGAGGGGCUGGCCCUGAUCAGCGAGGACGGACGCUCCCCCAUCUCCCUCCGGCAGAUGGCUUAUGUCUCAGGCCUGUCCUUUGGCAUCAUCAGUGGAGUGUUCUCCGUCAUUAACAUCCUGGCGGACUCCAUCGGGCCAGGGAUCGUCGGGAUCCAUGGGGAUUCUCCCUAUUACUUCAUCACCUCUGCAUUCCUCACCAUGGCCCUUGUCCUGCUCCACACUUUCUGGGGAGUGAUUUUCUUCGAUGCCUGCGAGAGGCGACGCUACUGGGGCCUGGGGCUGGUGGUGGCCACUCACCUCCUGACCUCGGGGCUGACGUUCCUGAACCCCUGGUACGAAGCCAGCUUGGUCCCCAUCUUCAUCAUCACCCUCUGCAUGGGCCUCUGGGCCUUCAUCACUGCUGGGGGCUCCUUCCGCAACGUCCUCAAGUGCCUCUCCUGUAAGCAGGAGGACAGCAGCAGAGUGAUGAUGUACUCAGCACUCCAGGUGCCUUUGGAGGACUGAGCAGCUGCC